AUGGCGGCUACCACGAGUAGGAGCGGCGGCGGCCACCGGAAUAAGGCUGCCUGGCCUGCCUACAUGGCGCGGUACGAGCCGCUGGCGAGGCUGGGCGCGGGCAUGAACGGCGAGGUGUUCAAGGCGUGGGACACCAAGGAGAACCGGAUCGUCGCCGUGAAGCGGCUCAGCGGGACCGGGAUUGACGCCGGCGACGACUUAAUCUUCUCCGGCCUUAAAGAGGUCUGGCGGGAGUGCAGGUGUCUGAGGACGUGCGACGGCAUCCCCUCGGUCGUGAAGCUCCUGGACAAAGUCGUCCCCAAAGUAAAUUCCGACGACUCCUUCCUCAUCAUGGAGUACGCCGGCCGCCUCAACCUACGCGGCUACAUGCAGCGCCGUGCCCAUCGCCGUCGUCGGUUCUCCGAGGCCGAGGUGUGCCGGAUCAUGAAGGCGCUCCUCGAGGGGGUCAACUCCGUGCACGCCACCGGCAUCAUGCACCUGGACAUCAGGCCCGAGAACGUGAUCCUCGACGACGGCACAGAGGACACGACGGAGAGGAGGCCGAAGGGGGCGAUCCAAGACGGCGAGCUCAAGGAGGAUGACAUCGUCUACAAGAUCGGAGGCUUUGGGAUCUCCCGGAAGAAAGAGCGCGGCCCGAAGCAGCCGGAGGUGACAAUUGCGACAGCGUACAGCACGCCGGAGCUCCUCCUGCACUCGUGCGAGUACGACGAGCGCGUGGACACGUGGGGGAUCGGAUGCAUAAUGGCCGACCUCCUCUCGGGCACCGGCAUGCCCACCUUCGGCCCCGACGACUCGGAAGAAAAGAUCAUGAGCAAAAUGUUCCGCGUCGUCGACCCUAAGAGUAAGAAGAUCAAGGACUGGGCUGGGUACUCGGGGAUAGCGGCAGAGUGGAAGUCGAAGCUGCCCGGGCAAAACAAGUCGAAGCUGACGAGGAUAGCAGCAGGAUUGAAGACGAAGCUACUCGGGGAUCCUCUUCGGCGCCGGUUCCCCUUAUGGAGGCUGCCGUCCGCCGGCUUCGAGGUGCUCAGCGGGCUCCUGGAGAGUAAGCCGGCGAAGCGGCUCACCGCAGCGGAGGCCCUCGAGAAGCCUUGGUUCAAGUAG